UUAAUCCCGCCCCCUCGGCCCACCUGGCCAAUAGCAGCUGCUCUUAGUAAGACGUCUCGUUUGCCGCUAAAACUAAAUUCGCUCCACUUGUGCCCGGUCGAGUAACUUGUAUAUGUGGACAGUAUCUACAGUAAAAAAGGCUUAGCGUCCCUGUGGCUCCAGUCAGCAGCCGAAAAUGGGAAUCUCUGGACUGUUGCAGUUCAUAAAAGAUGCAGCAGAGCCAGUCAAUGUGAAAAAAUACAAAGGCCAAACCGUGGCUGUGGACACCUACUGCUGGCUGCAUAAAGGAGCUUUUUCAUGUGCUGAGAAGCUCGCCAAAGGAGAACCCACUGACCAAUAUGUUUGGUACUGCAUGAAGUUUGUGGACAUGCUGCUGACCUUCAGUGUCAAGCCAAUUCUGGUGUUUGAUGGACGCAACCUGCCCUCAAAACAAGAGGUGGAAAAGGCUCGGCGAGAACGCAGAGAAGCCAACCUUCAAAAGGGCAGACAGCUGCUGCGUGAAGGGAAACUGUCUGAGGCCAGAGACUGUUUUACUCGCUGUGUUAAUAUCACCCCAGCCAUGGCUCAUAACCUUAUUAAGGCUGCAAGGGCGAGAGGGGUUGAUUGUGUGGUGGCUCCGUACGAAGCUGAUGCUCAGUUAGCUUACCUUACCAAAUGUGGUUUAGCCCAGGCUGUUAUUACAGAGGACUCUGACUUGCUGGCUUUUGGGUGCAAAAAGGUGAUUCUCAAAAUGGACAAGCAGGGAAACGGCCUGGAGAUAGACCAGAGUAACCUGGGCCGCUGUCGCUCCCUGGGAAACGUUUUCACAGAGGAAAAGUUCCGUUACAUGUGCAUCCUCUCUGGCUGCGAUUAUCUGGCCUCUCUGCACGGCAUUGGCCUUGGUAAGGCCUGCAAGCUACUGCGGCUCGCCAAAGACCCUGAUAUCCUGAAGGUGAUCAGAAAGAUGGGUCAAUACCUUAAGAUGAAUCUAGUUAUACCUGAACAAUACAUUGAGGGAUUUGUCAGAGCCAAUAAUACAUUCCUCUACCAGCUGGUGUUUGAUCCUGUAAAGAGAAAGGUUGUACCCCUCAACCCUUAUCCAGAGCACAUAGACCCAGCUACCCUCAGCUACGCUGGACUUAAUCUAGGAGAUGACAAAGGCUUACAGAUGGCCUUGGGAAACCUUGACAUCAACACCAUGGAGCGGAUAGGUGACUUCAGUCCAGACAAACCCAUUCUACAGCUAUCUAGACCCCGCAGUCACAGCUGGAAUGGCUCACCACCCUCCACUGGAUCCAGUAUCUGGAGCAGAGGGUUCACUCCAGCCUCUCCUAGCCCUCGCCGACCUACGUCCUCUCCAGUGAAGCCACCUUCCACCAGGGGGAAGGAGAGAGUCAUCGGUGUGGAUGGCCUCAGGCUGCCCUGCAGAGAGUUGCACGUGAAGAGACCGAGAGACGACUCUAGUAUAUCAGACCAGGAUGUGCUGCAUCAGUACUCAUCCACCAGUCCAAAGCGAUCCAGGUCAGACCAGCAACUAGACAAGCCCUCAUUAACUAGCCAGCCCCGGCAACGCAAUCGCUUUGCCACACUACUGCAGAGGAGAAACCAGGACACAGAGGAAGAUGGACAGGCCACACGCAGCAGAUUCUUUAGCAGCUCCACUUCAGUCAUCAGUCUCAGCACUAAGGAUUCUGCAAAGGAGGAUUCAUUUCAGGCUGUGGACCCCAUCACUGUGUGCUCCACUGAGGACAAGUCCACUCUUAGUACCCAGACCAAUGAUAGUGAUGGUCCGGACAUCCCAACAGUGGAAACUCCGAGCCCGCCUUCAUCACCUAGCACUUUAUCCCCAAAUUCAAGCAGUCAGGGUCUCAAGCUGUUCCACUCGUCAGGCAGCUCCUCCUCAACAGAACAAUCAAGAAUGCCAAAGUUAAGCUCAGGACUGGCAACCCUGCAAAAGUUUCAGUUUAAGAAAGAGACUUUCCCCUCAUCGCCAAAGAACCACAGACCCUCCGGACACUUGUCUCCCCCACAACUGUCUUCUCCUGACAAAACAUCAGUGGACAAGGAUGACCUCCCAGAUACUCCUCCAUCCCAGGACAGUGCUUAUUUCUCACAGUCUCAACCUUGCCUCACUUCCUUCCACAAAGUGGAAGCCCCCACCUACAGUUUCCCCUCCUCCUACAAAGAGGAUGCUGCUUCCAAGACGAAUUCUAGCAAAGAUUCAGAGCCUGUGCAGAGUCCUACAUACUCAACUGACGUGGAGAGGAAAUCUGGCAUACUGAGGUCAAAGGUUUCAGGGCUGUCAAAGCUUAAAUCCGGCAACCCCGAUCAGGCAGCAAAGGUGCAAACACUGGGACCGGCCAGGGCCAGUGGACUGAGGAGGAAGUCUGGGGCUUCUGGGAAGAAAUUGUCCUCCCCCAAAAAUAAUGAGAACAACCCUAGUGUCCAGGCCACCAUCAGCAGCCUCUGGAAGAACUUCAGUUUCACAAAAGAUACUCAAAAGAUGACUUCCUGUAGGAAAGGAGAGCCUAUGUCUACAGUCAAAGACAACCUGCUGAUGAGCUGACCACAGGCCACAUGACUGUACUCACCAAACAACUUCUUAAACAUGUUUCACACAGCUCAGUGUUGUGUGAAGCUUUUAAUGAUUUCUCAUCAACCUGUAUGUCUUGCUGUAGAGUCUUAAAUAAAGCAACUUUCUACUGUCUCAAGCA